GUGUAUGAUGUGGAUCACGCCACUUUAUUGGGAAAAGGCGGCUUCUCUCAAGUUGUGGCUGUUUUGCAUAAACCCACAAAUACCAUGCGAGCGUUGAAAGUAAUGCAGCGGGAUAAACUCCGUGGAAAAGCCGGGGAUAUGGUUUUACAUGAACGUGAGAUCUUAAGAAGAACCUCUCACCCUAAUGUUAUUACAUUAUAUGAAUCUAUUACCACUCCACAUCAUGUUUACUUUGCAUUGGAUUGUAUGAGUGGAGAUUUGUUUGAGUUUAUUGUGCGGAAUAAACGAAUUCCAGAGGAUGUGGCUCGAUCUAUUAUGCAUCAACUCUUAUCGGCCAUUCACUAUUUACAUGCACAAUGUAUUGUUCAUCGAGAUAUUAAACCAGAGAAUAUACUCCUGAACGUCACGGCUGUUAAUCCCACUAAUAAUAAUACUACUACUACUAAUCCCAAUAAUAAUACUAAUCCCAAUAAUAAUAAUAAUAAUAAUAAUAAUAAUAAUAAUAAUACUAAUAAUAAUAAUAAUGUGAAUACGGAAUCUACGGUUCCCCAAGUACAUGUGGAGGUAAAACUCGCAGACUUUGGACUUGCCAAAUUAGUGCAGGACUCCAAUGUACAAUCCACUCCAUGUGGAACUUCCUUCUAUAUUGCCCCGGAAGUCAUUCGCGGCAUUGAGGCACAAGGGGCCAAACCCUUAUGCACCACCCAAGACCGUGUGAAGAGUGUCGAUAUCUGGUCGGCGGGGGUUGUUUUCUUUGUGAUGUUGGCUGGCCGGCCGCCUUUCUAUGGACAAGUGAAAACCACAGAAGAGCGGCGGCAAUUACUGCAGAGUAUUGACCACGGGGUGUUGUUUAAUGCCCGGCAUGGAUGGGAUGCGGUGAGUGCGGCCGCGAAGGAUUUAAUUGUGCGGAUGUUGGAACAAAACACCGGCACGCGAUUAACGGCAUUGCAGGCAUUACAACAUCCAUUCUUUACACAACAUGGAUUGAUGCCGCCAACAACACCCAUGAUGAUGAUGAUGAUGCCAACAAUGGUGAAUAAUAAUAAUAAUAAUAAUGUUAAUAAUAAUAAUAAUAAUAAGGGUUUACCAACAUCAUCUCAACAAGAGAAUUUGCAUGGAUUGGUGAUAAAUGAGAAGGAAGGAGAAAGAGAAAGAGGAGGAGAAGGAGAAGGAGAACCCAUCAUUGAGAAGAAGCGAGGGAAGUUUUGGAAUAUGUUUGGUAGUAAAUUCCAUCGACAUGGUGAAAAGAAAAAGAAGAAUAAUAUUAAUAAUAAUAAUAAUGAUAAUACUGCUAAUAAUAAUAAUAAUAAUAAUAAUCCACACGAUAUCACGAAAGAAGAAGAUGUCCAAUCAUCCACUACCACUAAUAAUAAGAAUACACAUACUACAAUG